AUGUAUCUCCGGAUGAUACUCGAUGUGUGUUCGAAAGAUAAGGAAGCUAGUUCAUUAGCCUUCAAGAUGUUGACCAAACAAGCUCUUUUCAUUUCUGCACUUUUGCCCUUAAUCCAAGGACAAGAAUCCACUUCAGAAACCGUUCUAGGUGUUUACAUAUACCAUCGUCACGGUGACCGCACAACAAAAAGCUAUCCACCUGUAUCCCUCACAGAUCUUGGUUAUGCCCAAGUCCAUGCAUCUGGAAAUUACUAUCGAACCCGCUACAUCGAUUCCAACGCCUCAACUCCCAUCUACAACAUCAGUCCCGACAUAGUUAAGACCUCUCAAUUGAACGUGCAAGCACCAGUCGAUACCGUGCUUCAGAAUUCCGCAGCCGGUUUCCUACAGGGUUUAUAUCCACCCGUGGGUGCAUCGCUGGGAAGCCAAAUACUCGCAAAUGGUACAAGUGUUGAAGCACCUCUGGGAGGAUUUCAACUCAUCCCCGUAAAUGCAGUCUCUACGGCUUCCAGCGGUGCUAAUUCUGAGAGUUCUACGUGGCUCCAAGGAUCAAGUGGUUGUGGAAAUGCAAUUACGAGCUCGAAUAAUUAUUUUUUCUCGGAUGAGUAUACGCGGGUUUUGAAUUCGAGUAGGAGUUUCUAUGAGAGUAUUUUUCCUGUGGUUAAUUCUACGUUUAAUUCUGCGACGAAUACUUUUAAGAAUGCUUAUACGAUUUAUGAUUAUGUCCAUGUCUCUACUAUUCAUAAUUCGUCUAUUCCGUCCGAUGAUCUUCUUACGAAUGACACACUUUCUCAGUUGCAAACGUUGGCGGAUAAUCAUGAGUUUAAUCUUGCGUAUAAUGCUUCAGAGCCUAUUCGUGCGAUUGCGGGUUCGACUUUGGCGGGUCAGAUCCUCCAAUCCCUCAACAACACCCUAAGCACCCAUUCCACCACGCCCCUAACCAUCCAAUUCGGCGCCUACGCCACCUUCCUCUCCUUCUUUGGCCUCUCAGGCCUCUCGAACAUCUCCUCCUCCUCCCCCUUCACCAAAAUAGUCCCCUACGCCUCCUCCAUGAUCUUCGAACUCCUCACCAAUUCCACCAUCUCUGACACCUCUUACCCGCCCUUAUCCAGCAUCUUCAUCCGCUUCUCCUACUCCCAUGGUCCCGCCUCCGAAAACCCUCCUACCCCCUACCCACUAUUCGGACAAACUGACCUCGUGAUUCCAUAUAAGAAAUUCGUACAGGAAAUGAAUCGCUUCGCGGUGCGGGAUUUGGGGGAUUGGUGUGGAGUUUGUGGGGAGAAGGGGGGGGUUUGUGCUUCUUCUUCGAGUUCAUCUUCUAGCUCCAGUUCGAGUUCGAGCUCGGGAUCUGGGUCUGGAAAUGGAAAUGGAAAUGGAAAUGAUAAUGGGAUUUCAAAAACAGUAGCGGGUGUGAUUGGGGCGAUGGUUACAUUGGGUUUUAUUUUGGGAUUGGAGGUUUUGGUUCUUGUGGGCGCGGGAUUGAGGGUUGUGAGGAGGGGGGGGAGUGUAGGUGGAAGGGGAAGUGGAAGUGGAGCUGUGGGUGUGGGGGGUAUGGGGGAGCAGAUGCAGAGUGGGAAAUAG